AUGGAGAAUCAAGACAAUCAUAAUCAAAAUAGUCAUAAUGAAGACGACCAAAAUCAAAAUAGAGAACAAACAACAAUGACUACAUUACAACAACCUACAGCAAGUCAAACAAUGACAAAUGAAAUUACAAAUAUAACAAGUCAGAAUGAUAUAUAUAAUAUACUAAGUACUCAAACUGAAAUAUUAACAAAACAAUAUGAAACCAAUAAUGCAUUACAACAUUUUAAUGAAUAUAGUUCACAAAAGUAUGGACAAUUGUCCAAUGAUUUUGAGAAACAUACAAAGAUGUUAAAAGAUAUGAAAAAAGAUUUGGAUUAUAUAUUUAGGAAAACAAGACAAUUACAAGGGUUAUUAAAUGAUAAAUUCCCAAAUAUUAAAGUAGAGCAAACAACAUAUAUUGUAGAAGAUGAUUAG